CGAGAGUCCGGGUGGGAACUCGCCGCGAGUGCUCUUCUCCCGCACUUUCGAUUCCGCUUGCAGCCGUUUUUGUCGCUUCUGUCCAGGGGACUCUGCCGAAGGGGGCUGCUUGCCCGGGCAGGCCCUAGCCCCAGCCCCUCCCGACCACCCAGUCCUAGAGGCCCUUCUCCCCAAAGACGCACACCAGAAAUCUCGACCUCUUGCAGCUGAGAGGAGCCCCGGAUCCCAGACCCAGUGAAAAAUCCCCCCUGAACAAUGGGUGAGACUUUCUCCCAGCUGGGCUCUUGGCAGGAGGAUGAGAACAAGUUGAUCCUGCCCCCUGACCCAACCAUUAGUAAGGCUGCCAACUACUUCAGCACUGAUAGCAGCAAGUCUUUUUGUUCCUGUGUGCCUUGGGCUGCUGAUGCCAGCUUUGUGACUUGUCCCACCUGCCAAGGCAGUGGGGAGAUCCCCAGAGAGCUGGAAAAGCAGCUGGUGGCCCUCAUCCCCUAUGGGGACCAGAGGCUGAAGCCCAGGCACACGAAGCUCUUCGUGUUCCUGGCAGUGCUUAUCUGCCUGGUGACCUCCUCCUUUAUCAUCUUUUUCCUGUUUCCCCGGUCUAUUGCUGUGCAACCUGCAGGCCUCAACUCCUCUACAGUGGCCUUUGAUGAAGCUGAUAUCCACCUCAAUAUAACAAGUAUCUUGAACAUCUCUAAUAGCAACUACUACCCUAUCACUGUGACCCAGCUGACCAUCGAGGUUCUGCACCUGUCCCUUGUGGUGGGGCAGGUUUCUGAUAGCCUCCUCCUACACAUUGGCCCUUUGGCCAGUGAACAGAUGUUUUAUGCAGUAGCCAGCAGGAUAUGGGAUGAAAACACAUACAAAAUCUGUACCUGGCUGAAAAUCAAAGUCCACCAUGUGCUUUUGCACAUCCAGGGCACGCUGACCUGUUCCUACCUGAGCCAUUCAGAGCAAGUGGUCUUCCAGAGCUAUGAAUAUGUGGACUGCCGGGGAAACUCAUCAGUGCCCCACCUGCAGAGCUCCCACCCACCAUGACCUGCGGUCUGCUAUCCUGUACUCCAAGCACCUGCACUCCUGGUCUGUAUCUCCCACAACUCCAUGGUGUCCGAGGAAGGACUGUAGUGACUUUGCCAGAGGAAAAGCCUUGCUUUAUCAUACCCUGACACCCCCACCCUCAUCACAGGAAGCUUUCUGAGUAGUUAACUUCGUAUACACACACGCACACAUCCUCUGAAUUCUACAUGUUCUUUCA